CCGGGGCGCACGCACCGUGGUCCUUAGAGCCUGCUCCAGUGAUCCAGCUGACGAAUAAGAACAUCCCGAGCUGCAUUGAGCCCCGGAGUUUGAGGAAUUUCCAGUUAAAGGCGCAGCAGUUGAGAUGGGGAAGAGUUUGCUGUUCCCUCCUGAGCUUGUGAUGCCUGUCUCCCUGGAUAUGCACUUUUCCUGAAAUAUCCUGCUGGGAGAGAAGGAUGCACAGCGGCUGGACCACACGCCAUGAGGUGAGUGCUGUGCCUGCUGAACUUCCCGGGACCUGCCAGCCAUGCCAGGGAUUGUCGUGUUCCGCCGGCGCUGGUCUGUGGGCAGCGAUGACCUGGUUCUGCCAGCCGUCUUCCUCUUCCUCCUUCACACCACCUGGUUUGUGAUCCUCUCGGUGGUGCUCUUUGGGCUGGUGUACAACCCCAACGAGACGUGCUCCCUGAACCUGGUGGACCACGGCCGGGGCUACCUGGGAAUCCUGCUGAGCUGCAUGAUCGCCGAGCUGGCCAUCAUCUGGCUGAGCAUGCGCGGGAGCAUCCUGUACACGGAGCCGCGGGAUUCCAUGCAGUACGUCCUCUAUGUCCGACUGGCCAUCCUGGUGAUCGAGUUUGUGUACGCCAUCGUGGGCAUCGUGUGGCUGACGCAGUACUACACGUCCUGCAACGACAUCACAGCCAAGAGCGUCACCCUGGGAAUGGUGGUGUGCAACUGGGUGGUGAUCCUGAGCGUGUGCAUCACGGUGCUGUGUGUCUUCGAUCCCACGGGACGCACCUUCGUCAAGCUCCGCGCCACCAAGCGCCGGCAGCGCAACCUGAGGACCUACAACCUCAGACACCGCCUGGAAGAGGGACAAGCCAGCAGCUGGACGCGCAGGCUCAAAGUGUUCCUUUGCUGCACACGGACAAAGGACUCGCAGUCGGACGCCUACUCCGAGAUCGCCUACCUUUUUGCGGAAUUUUUCCGAGACCUGGACAUCGUCCCCUCCGACAUCAUCGCGGGGCUGGUUCUCCUGCGGCAGCGGCAGCGGGCCAAGCGCAACGCCGUGCUGGAUGAGGCAAACAAUGACAUUUUAGCCUUCCUGUCUGGAAUGCCAGUGACCAGGAACACCAAAUACCUGGAUCUGAAGAAUGCGCAAGAGAUGCAGCGGUACCGGGAGGUGUGUUACUACAUGCUCUUCGCCUUGGCAGCCUAUGGAUGGCCCAUUUACCUCAUGAGGAAGCCCACGUGUGGACUCUGCCGCCUGGCCAGAUCCUGCUCGUGUUGCUGCCUGUGCCCGUCUCGCCCGCGCUACGCUCCCGGUGUCACCAUCGAGGAGGACAACUGCUGCGGCUGCAACGCCAUCGCCAUCCGGCGCCACUUCCUGGACGAGAACAUGACCUCCGUGGACAUCGUCUACACUUCCUGCCACGAUGCCGUUUAUGAAACCCCUUUCUAUGUGGCGGUGGACCAUGACAAGAAGAAGGUGGUCAUCAGCAUCCGGGGAACUCUGUCCCCUAAAGACGCCCUGACGGAUCUAACGGGGGACGCGGAGCGCCUGCCGGUUGAGGGGCACCAUGGAACGUGGCUGGGACACAAGGGAAUGGUGCUGUCUGCUGAGUACAUCAAGAAGAAGUUGGAGCAGGAGAUGGUGCUGUCCCAAGCUUUUGGACGGGAUUUGGGAAGAGGAACAAAACACUACGGCCUGAUUGUGGUUGGGCAUUCCCUUGGAGCUGGCACAGCUGCCAUCCUGUCCUUCCUGCUGCGUCCCCAGUAUCCAUCCCUGAAGUGCUUUGCCUAUUCCCCCCCAGGUGGGCUGCUCAGUGAGGAUGCCAUGGAGUAUUCCAAGGAGUUUGUGACUGCGGUGGUGCUUGGCAAAGAUCUGGUGCCCAGGAUUGGGCUGUCUCAGCUGGAGGGAUUUCGCCGGCAGCUUCUGGAUGUUCUCCAAAGAAGCACCAAACCAAAGUGGCGGAUCAUUGUUGGGGCUACCAAGUGCAUUCCCAAAUCCGAGCUUCCCGAGGAGCCAGAGGAGAACUCGGUGACGAGCAACCGGCUCUGGACCCAUCCCAGUGACCUGACCAUCGCCCUGAGUGCCAGCACCCCCCUGUACCCCCCUGGCCGCAUCAUCCACGUGGUGCACAACCACCCUGCCGAGCAGUGCUGCUGCUGUGAGCAGGAGGAUCCCACCUACUUUGCCAUCUGGGGGGACAACAAGGCCUUCAACGAGGUGAUCAUCUCCCCGGCCAUGCUGCACGAGCACCUCCCCUACGUGGUCAUGGAAGGGCUCAACAAGGUCUUGGAGAACUACAACAAGGGGAAGACAGCUCUGCUUUCCGCAGCCAAGGUGAUGGUGAGUCCUACGGAAGUGGAUCUCACCCCGGAGCUGAUAUUCCAGAGCCAGCCCUUGCCCAGCUGCCCCUCCGUGCAGAUCGGGACUGGAGCCAUCCCAGCGGACAGGAGGAACAGCAGUACCAAGAGCAAAUCCCAUUCAGAGAUCAGCCUGGAGGGAUUCUACGAGACAAAGCCGCUUUCCCCAGUGCAGAAGGACCCCGUGGAGCUGCUCCUCCUGGACACUAAGGAACGUCUCUCCGUGGAGCUCCAGGACCGUCGCGCCCCUCUGGCCACCAUGGAGAGCCUCUCGGACAACGAAUCCAUCUACAGCUUCGAUUCCCGGCGCUCCUCCGGUUUCCGGAGCAUCCGGGGCUCCCCCAGCCUCCAUGCGGUCAUGGAGAAGGACGAGACGCACUGCUUUUAUAUAGACCCCGUUAUCCCUGAGGAAAACCCUUCCCUCAGCUCCCGGACAGAGCUGCUGGCUGCCGACAGCCUCUCCAAGCAUUCCCAGGAGACGCAGCCCCCGGAAAACGUCCUCAACAGCGGCGGCACCACCCCGCAGCGCCGCUGCAGCGCCGAGGGCACCGGCAGCGACGGGGAGCCCGCGUCCUCGUCCCCUCGGGAGGAGCCGGCGCUCCACAACGGCCGCCUGGCCGACGUUCCCAGUCCGCAGGUGCUGGAAUUCGCCGAGUUCAUCGACAGCCUCUUCAACUUGGACAGCAAAAGCAGUUCCUUCCAGGACAUUUACUGCAUGAUGGUGUCGGACAGCUCCAGCGACUUCGCGGAGAUUCCCAAAUCCGUCAGCGACCAGGAGAUCCUGCUGAGGGCGCAGUACGAGCCAAACUUGGUCCCAAAGCCCCCGAGGUUGUUUGCGGGCUCGACGGAUCCUUCGUCGGGAAUCUCCGUGUCACCCUCUUUCCCCCUUAGUUCAUCCGGAGAACUCAUGGAUAUCACUCCCACGGGUGUGAGCAGCCAGGAAUGCCUGGCCACGGACAAAAUCCGGACUUCCACCCCCUCUGGACACGUAACCAGCCCUGCCAAGCAGGACGACCUCAUGAUUUCGGCCCUUUAGUGCAGGGGAAAGGGGUGGAGUGAUCCCAGUGGGAUAAUCCAUGGAGGAGGCUGUUGUCGGGCAGUUGGGAUCAGAGGAGACAGCUGGAAAAAUCCCUUCUGGGGUGACACGCAGUGGCGGUGUCUGGAAGGAUGGAUUGUGCUGGAAUCCUGUGCUUGGAGCUGGGAGAAGCUUUGCCCCGCGGGGCCUGAGAGGGUCUGAGGCGCUAAAGUUCCCUACCUCAGCCUGUCUCAUUCCAGAGGCAGAUUCCUUGCCCCAGGGCACCUGCUGAGUUUGGGAGUGAGAUACCUGGGAUGGAUGGAAGCAGGAGGGGGCCAGGCCAGAUCCCUCCCGUCGGGACCGAGCCAGUGGUUUGGGAAAUGAGCGGAUUGAGACUUUGGGCCCUGUUGCACUACCAUGGAUCCGGCCCAAGAUCCAAUUCAGCACGCUUCCAUGGGGAUUGCUUUUGUAGGACGCUCUCGUUUUAAAGCCAUUGGGGCUGUAUUCCCCCCAAAUCCAGUCUCCCCUUCCCGGCCAGGUGCAGCAGGAAUGGGGCUGGCACCACGGUUUCUCUCCCCCGAGCACUCCUGAGAGGGAAGGACGCUGUUCCAAGAGCCCAAUCCCUCUGACACGUCCCUCCUUUGGCAGAAAGUUCUCCUGGAUGUCACCCCCAUCACUCCCCAGUUCCCUGGAACCCUCCGAGCUGGCGACAUUAUCCCCGCGGGACUGCCAGGAUUCUCAUCUUGGAGCUGCGUGGAUGUGGAUGGAUCAACUGCAAAUAGCACCUGGCACUGUAUUCCAGACCCCUGUGGAGUCUGGGAGUCUCUCCUGGAUCCCUGGGGGUCCUCACACCACCCAUGUGCAGCACCCGCGGAGCAGCGCCAGCCUCUGUUGUUGGGAAUUUGGGGAAAAGAUGGACUUUUUCCCAGUAUUGCAAUCUCUUGUAUGUUUACAGAGCUGCUGAGCUGGUUGGAAGGUAUUUAUGAAGGAAAAUAGGGAGGCUUUCCUGAAGGAAAAUCCAUUGUCAUCCCUCUCCUUCCCUCUGGGGACUGAGGGAAGAGAGGAUGGGCGGGCAGAAUUCCAAGCCCCCUGCUUCCCAAGCGGCUUGGGUUCAGGAGUAACCGCCUGCCCCCUCUCCCACCCUCUUCCCACCUGCACAAUUCCAUGCAGGAAAGCUUGAGCAAGUUGUUAGGAAAACUACCUGAGCCUCUGGGCCCAGAGGAGCCUGCUCCACCUCUCCAGGCAGGUUGUCCAAUGAUGGGAGCAGGAGGAAAACUACCUAUCCUUGGGAACUGGAAAAGGCCUUGAAUUGCCACAACUCCCCCUCAGAGCUCAGCAGUUACCGAUGGCUCUUCCCGGAGCUCCGUCCUCCCUCCCUGGAAAAGAAAUUCCUGGUUUAACUUCCCUAGGAUCCUGUGGUUGCUCCCUUUUCCCCUCCCUAGCAGUGCUGUUUCCAUGGUGGGAGGACGCUGUGCUUCCCAGGAGCCAGUGGGAUCCACUUGAGGAGCACUUUAUAACCGGUGUGCAUUGAUGGAAAUAACCCUGGGUGCACGGAAUUCCACUGGCGUCCGGGCCCAAGUGCUGAUAUCCCACUCCAUCCAGCGUGGGAUGCUCCAGCCCCUGCUCCUUACCCGCUUCAGAUCCUUCAGGAGUGCUCCAAGUGGCCAGGAAAACGUUAUCCCCUGUGGUUUGAGGCUCCGAACCUUAGACCUUCCCCUGAGAGGAAUCGGAGGGAGGAAGCCCCUCUGGAUUCAGAGGGAUUUGGUGAAGGAAAAAAAAAAAAAUCCUUUUAUUCUGAGCAACCAGAAGUUCUUUUUGUUUUCCUAGGUCCUUAAAAAAGGAGCAGGGAGCAGGCGGUGCGGGAGAGCAGCACAGGGUAAGGAGGAAUUCCUGCACUCAGGAAACACGACCGAGGUGAUUUUUCAGGAAUACGCACAAAAAUCUGGGAAGGUUUGAGGGGAAAAGGGGAGCUGAGGGGCAGGGAGGCCGGAGCUAGCAGGCUAGCUCCCCUCCUGGCCCAGGAGUCGGGAUAAGGAGCUCGUCCCUGCCCUUAUUCCCGACAGGAGUUAACCCUUAGCACUAAGGCAGAGCUUGGGAUCUGCAAUGCACUUUAAAACACUGAAGGAAAGGAAUCAUCUCUGUCCCUGGGAGCCACGUGGAUACCUGGGGUUAGAUGGAACUGCUGGUGGGAGGUGCCUCCAGGCGAGGAAAAGCGGGAUAUCUCCCUCCUAAAGCAAUUCCAGUGGAAACCUGCUGAUGUUCCACGGCUCAAAUGUUGCACUAGAAAGUCCCGUCCCUGCCGUUCCUGUGCCACGUCCUGGAAGAGUCGAUCCCUGGGUGACUGUUUCCUUGUCUGUGCCAUUGGAACUGUGUCUCAUGGGAAUGGCCUUCCCUUGCCCUGACAGGAAGCAAUCUGGAAUGCUGCGUUUUUUUUGGUUUUUUUUUUUUUUUUUUUUUUUCUCUGUGAUUACUGGAUUUUUGGAAAUAUGUCAUUCCCAGGAGCUGGGCUUUCCACAAGGAGGAAAGGCGCAAAGGAGCCCCUCAGAGUUUCUCAUUGUAUCCCGUCAUGGGUAAUUCCUGGUUUUUGUUGACAGACAGGUCUGAUCCCAGUUCUCCCAAAUGAAAUCCACAUUCUCGGAAUUAUUUCUGCUCUAAAUGUCUCCCUGUCUCGAUCCCCAUCACUGUGUCUUGAUCCCCAGCAUUCCGUGUCUCCAUUCCCAUCACUCCUUUGCUGUCUGGGCGUUUGGAAAGGCUGAUCUCCCCUUUCCUCCUGGAAAAGCACACCUGGAAUGCUGAAAUAAGUGUUAAAGCUGCAGCUACCUCCUUCAUCUGUACUGCACACACAUCCCGCUUUCUCUUCCCGCUCUGGCUUUGGGAAUAUGAAGCAUCUCCAGCUUUCCCAAUCUCUUGGCUUCUGCUUCCUCCUCUUCAGCUUUGUGCCUUCCGAUCCUUUGGAUAUUCCCACGAUGUUCCAGCAGGAUGUUCCGCACCCUGUGCCGAGGCAGUGCUGGAAGUGCCUGACACCCCAGAUCCCAGACCGGCUGACAGGUCAGCCAUUCCGUGCCCCAUCCUUAGAAUCCAUUCUGAUCCUUCUUCCUUGGACUGAGUGACCUUUAAAGGUCCUUUCCAACACAAACUAUUCCAAGAGUUUCUUGGCAGAGGAACGGAGCUGAGGCUCUUCUGCACCAGUAAAUUGAUUUUAUUGUCGCUUUUUUAAUUGUCGCAUCAGUGCCAAAAAUUCUGGGAAGGAUCCUGCAGUGCUGAGGAUAUACUGGCCCUUUUCCAAGAUUUAUCAUUAUUCCUUCUCCUUCGGGACUGCCUUCUCCGUUUGGAAUAUUCAUUUCUUCCUAAAACUUCCCUCUUUUCUUUGCUCCCUGUUCCUCUCACCAAUUUCAGGAGCCCCCUCAUCCCUCCCUUCUCUCAGGGUGCUGGUGGCUCAUUCCACAUCCUUGGUAGCACAUGGGAAAACUAUCGCAAAGCGGUUAAAUGGGAUUCUUGGAACUUGUUAGGAGCUUUUUUCCCCAAAGCAAACGGGAUUUGUCGGAGGUGUUUCGGUCUUUGCAGAGGGCGGGGAGCGUGGAUGUAGAAUUCCAGUGAUUCCCACUUCUAUUCCUUUAGGAUGUUAGAUUCCAGGACUAGUUUAUGGAUUGAAGUGUGGGAUCUGUUUCCAAGGGCACGUAAGAAGGAGGAAAAGCUCCGAGCGUGGGGAUGCAGGAUCUGUAUCUAACACAUUCCCCAUGCACUUUGAUGUUUUCCCAGCUUUGGCUGCUCUUUUCCUGCAGGCAGAUAAUAUUAUUUCCAUGGAAUCGCCCACACAGCUUUCAUUUACAAAUUGGGACAUAGGAAUAAUCAGGAUUACCCCCGGCAACGGGAAUUAGGUGAGAUUAAUUUUUGCUGGAAUGGGCGUGUUUGGAUUUGUGUUUUGAGGCUGUAUCCAAGAGCCUCCGUGGAAUUUCCGCGGGCAGCAGAGCCCUUCUGUGUUUGCCUUGGGAAUUGCUGGGCCGGAGCUCCCCUCCGUGCUGUGUUUAUCCUUACCCACUCUGGGAUAUUCUUCCCUUGGCAGCAGGACAUUCUGGCUUUGCAGGAUGGGAGCAGGAAUAUUUAAUUCCCAUGUGUUUAGGGACAGUGGCUGCAACUGCAGCCUUUGAGGAACGUCCAAGCCUUGCCUAGGGAGGUGUGGAUUCCUCAUUCUGGGAAAUAUUCCAGGCCAGGCUGGGUAAGGCUUGGAACAACCUGGGCUGGGGAAAGAUGUCCUUGCCCAUGGCAGCGGGUGGGAGCUUCCAGAUGAUUCUGGAAUUCUGUGAUUCCAUGCUUGCGGUGUUACGGUGCUGCAGGAAAGGGAAGGUUGGACUUCCAGCAGCACCUCUGAAGGGGGCAGCUGGGGAAGCACCGCCUGGAAUUGUUGCUUUGCUCUCAGAGCCUGUGCAGUGCUGAUUUUUGGGAGGAGCUGCUGGAUUUCGGGAAGAGCCUCAUUUCUUGUGCCGAAGCUCCCUCUCAUGGCUCCUGUGUGGAGGAGGCAAUGCUGCAUGGAUCCUGCUGGAGGCAAACGCUGCCCAUCCGUGGCAGCUGUGGGAUGAAGGAGAGGAGGGAAUGUUGCAGCUGGAAGCUGGAAUUCAGUCUGGGAGUCCUUUGCUGCCCAGUCAGAUCCACAGGGGUGUUAUGGGUGGACAGAGGGAUGGGAAGGGAGCUGGAUCAGUAGUCACUGAUGUCCUUCCCCUUCUUCCAGCUCCAAGGAGCUGCAUAAGGGCUGGAAAUUCCAAACAGCCAAGGAUUAGGGCAAUUCCUUGCUUUGUCAUGGGGAAUCAUCAUCAGCCUCCGAGCGCUUUGUUGUCUCCAUUCCCAUUGUUUUUUCCAUGUUUUUUGAGCUCAUACCUGUCGUGCCUUUGUUCUCCCUGGCUUUGGGUCCCAGAUCUCUGGGAUCAGGCAUCUCCCACCUUCCUUUCCUACUUCUCUGGGAGUACAAAAGUGUGGCCGAGGCCCCGUACGAGCUGUCCUACCUCCCGAGCUCUCCCACUCUGCCUCAGCCAGGACUUCCCACAUCUUCCCACUUCUCCCUGCUGCCUGAGAUCGUAUCCAAGUGCCAAAAGCAAAUCCUGACCUGAGGCAGGCAAUUUCCUCCAACCCACACCACGUUUCUCCCCGGCUCUGGAGCAGCCCCCUUCCAAAGGUAAUCUCCCUGGGAAUUUUCCCUGCUUUCCUUCUUGUGUCCAGUCCCUCUGACAUCACAGUGUCACACUGUGCUCCGUGUCCCGACUUUCCCACCUUCCCAGCACCCCCGUGGGAUGAGGGGCACCUCUCCCUGUCUUCAUCUCUUGAUUCCUGAAAAUCCUUGCAGCACAGGAACAAGCCUUGAUGUUGGUUUUUCUUUGGAUCCCGCUUUCCUGCUUCCCAUCCUGGGCUUGGUGCAGUUCCCAUGGCUCAGAGUCCCAAGUCCCGGGUGGGGGUGGCACGAGCCUGCCCUGCUGGGAUAUCCCAGUUUUGGGAAGUUUGUGUGCAAAGGGAUCCCAUGGCAGGGUUUGUUUUUCCUAGGACACUGCCACACCCUUUGGUUCCUAACUCCUUUCCCAGGAUGUCCCCAGCGCUUGGUGGCGGCAAAGCGGCCCCACCUGCAGCUCCAGCUUCCCACCUUUCCCUCCACAAGUCCAGGGAAUACCCUGGAGCUCCUGUCCUGGCGCUGAGCGGAAUUCCUAAUGGCACAGGGAUAUUUGGGGAUGGGCUGUGCCUCCCUGUCUGGAAUGUUGUGCCCUACGAGCCCCUUCCCUCUGGCUCUGCCUCUCUGGAAAAGCCCUUCCUGCCUGUCACCUGUGUCCCAUCCUGUGCUGGGGCAGCUCAGAGCAGGAUACCUCUGGAUUCCUUUUCUGCUGGAUCCUAAUCGCCUCCUUAGAGCCGAAGCCUUUGGCGUUUUCGGGAGAGCCAGCCCUUCCAGGGAGCUCUGAGGCGCUCCCACUGCCUCUGGCAGGGCUUGGAGAACUUGGAUAUGCAACUGGGGGGGAAAAACAGCCCGGCAUCCUGCAUCCCCAUGCUCAUCCCGGGAAUGCUGCCCUCUGAAUCCCUGCUCUGAGCUGCCCCAGCAUGAAGAUUCCAAGGAAACUCAAGCACUCCUGAUGUGCCCUUCCAUUCUCCAUGUGACUUUUUUUUUUGUACCUCUGUACGAAAGAUCCGAACUAAUCCCGCUGUAAAGAAAGAUCCGGAUGAAUUAUAACCUAAUUCCAGAAACACGGAUGUAUAUAAAUUUUCUGUAUAUUCUAUGGCACUCUGUAUAAAAUGGAUGUUGGAAGCAUGGCUGGAGUAUGUGACUGUUCCCAAGGAACGUGGAUGGUUGGGAGUUGCCUGAGGUUUCUGCCUUUUAAAGGGUGGUGAGUGAGUUGGAGAGGUGGGAAGGACGCCAGGAAUUGGGAAGGAUCCAGGUAAUCCAUCACUGGGGGUUGGUUGUUUCUUCUCCCGCUCUCUCUGCUCUGGAUCUCAGCCUUUGGAGCAGGAAAGCACUUCGGGGGGGAGCGUCCAGAGGUUGUGGAUUUGCCAUCUCAUGGCCAGGUUGGAGCAAGCUGGAAGUUCUCCUGGAAGCAGUGGAAGGUGUCCCUGCCCAUGGCAGGGAUGGAACUGGACCUUUAAGGCCCCUUCCCACCCAAACCAUUCCAGGAUUCCACGAUCCCUGUCCCUUGAGAUGAGUUCUGGAAAUCUCUCCUUCUGUGGAGAGGGAAAUUAAGGAGCAGGAUGCUGUGAGUUAAGUCCUAUUCAACCUGUCCUGUAAACAGAAGGAUUUUAGUGCAAAAGGGGAAUAUUUUGGGAGUGGAUGGGAAUGACAGGGUUAGA